CAGCCCAUAGAACAUAGACCAGAUAGCGAAGUGCCUUGUGUUCCUUGUCUUCUGGAAGAGACGUAAGAGACGUAAGAGGCGGGGCAGUUAGCAUCGCUGCGCAAGACACUGCCGUUGACACUCCAAAAAGAAGGAGUGGGAGCGGGAAUGUCGAUAUAUCCUGAUCCAAAGUUUUUACUCGCUUUCGACAGAUGCUAGGCUUUGGCUUGCGUUUUAGUCGUUUCAUGGAGAGAGGACGUCCCUGCCCGAACUUAUUCACACGGCCAGGCUUCAGAGCCAGAUGUGUAUGUCGCUGAUCUGGUUCCGUGACCUCUAUUGGAGUACAUAGAGCCUCGACACAAUUUAAUAUUGCAUUUUCAAGCUUCGAGACUUCCGCGCCUUCCCGGAGCCCAGUAACAUAAUCGUUUGUCGAACGGUGGGCUACAGUCUCGUAGCGCCGUAAGCAUCCGGCGAUGCAGUAAUUUCCGAGAAGAAAAUCCUCUCUGGUGCUAUUCGGGCUGGAGGGAUAGCCGGAUUGGGUUUGGGAAGCAUUUGAAGUUUCCUCGGAUAUGAGAUCGAACAAGCCUGUAAUGAGAUUUCCACCAUGGAUCUCCGCCUCGAGUCCGAAUCUCGACAUAAGUGAUAAACUCAAGUCGCUAUUCAACAGUUUUCCAAGAUCGGAACCAAUCAUCUCCUCAAUUACAGUCGUCUGGCUAUAAGCUGACCUCUCGAAUUCUGAAAGAACAUCUUCGAACGGUGGGUCUACAAUCUCAAAAUCGUCAUCCAACAUGUGCAGCCCCAUAAACUCUAUAUCGUCAGUUGGUUUCAAUAUUUCGUUGAGAUACCAUGAGUUCCACUCAUUAAGCACUGUUUUGAGAUAUUCAUUGAUCUUGAUUUCCACCUCUUCACUUGACAAAUUCAUCUCAUCCAUCACUUCUCUCAUCCACCCGAUCUCCCUAUACACCUCUUCGAUAUUCUUUCGCAUCAUGGGUGAUUGUUCGUUCCCUGAACUCGGUUCGGUCGAUGUAAGUGUCGGAAAAGGUAAGGAGGCAAUAACAAAUCGAUUGUUGUCGUUUUCCAUCUCGAAGCCGGGGACCAGGUGGAACCGAAAUCUCGGAAUGGAACCCUCGAAAUAUCGACAAAACUAUUUCAGACCUCUAAAAUUUGAACUAUGA